AAACCCCAGAAGAAGAAGAAGAAGAAGAAGAAGAAGUCGUCGUGUAGCAUUAUCUACCUGAUAUCUGAUGUAUCUGUUUUCUGUUUUUAAACGGAUUGACAGUUGUCAGACUGUAUUAGUUGACCAAGCUGUUUUCUGUAUAUGGUGAAGUGAAUAGUGCUGCCAUCGUACCGUGUUCAGACAAACCAACUAACCACAGGACGUGUUUCAACUGAUCCAAAAUGUACACUCUGCUGUCUGGAUUAUACAAGUACAUGUUUCAGAAGGACGAAUACUGCGUGUUGAUCCUGGGUCUGGAUAACGCAGGAAAGACGACCUUUCUGGAACAGACAAAGACGAAGUUUAGUAAAAACUACAAGGGAAUGAAUCUUUCCAAAGUCACAACAACGGUUGGUUUAAACAUCGGCACAAUUGAUGUUGGCAAGGCUCGCCUAAUGUUCUGGGAUCUGGGAGGCCAGGAGGAACUACAGUCUCUGUGGGACAAAGUACGUUACAAAAGAAGCACCGACUGUAGGAACUGUUCGUUAAUAUAACAAUGACACAAUCAGAGCCUGCUCUCAAAGG